AUGUCACCAAACAAAACCAAGAAGCCCAAAAAGGCCAAUCACCAGAACAAGCCCGGCCGCUCCAAGCCUCCUUCGCUCCCCUCGGGCUCGGACGAGGACAUGCCAGUUUUCUUCUUUAUGCCCCAGGAAAAGUUCAAGUACUGCCAAUUCUGCCAAUGGUAUCCGGCAACAUUCACGGUCUCGAAGCCGCAAAUGUCUCAGCUGGUCGGACGAGCAGUCGACGAGGACGAUCCUUUCGGCAGCAUCACGUUCAACUGCGCCGAGCAGUACAUGAUGUACUGCAAAGCAGCCCGCUUUGGCGACGUCGCCCGUCAAACGCGCAUACUUUACGAGAAGGAUCCAAAAGUUCAAAAGGCGCUGGGCAAAGAAACAGUCGGAUUCACGAACGAAAGUUGGGAUGAAGUCAAGAGCGCUGUGGUGGAGGCCGGGAAUAUCGCCAAGUUCGGGCAGAAUCCACAGCUCAAGAAGAUUCUCAUGAGGACCGGGGACCGAAUCAUUGCUGAGGCAGCAUCAAAGGACCGGGUUUGGGGUAUUGGGUUUACGGAGAAGAACGCGAUGGUGAACCAAGCGAACUGGGGAGAGAAUCGUCUAGGCAAGGCGUUGAUGGCGGCAAGGGAGCAUCUUCGCAAUGAAGGUGCCCAGGAGAAUCAGGAAGGGCAAGGUGAAGGCAGCCAACAGGUUAAUGAAUGA